GAACUUUUUUCGCACAAAAUUUGAUUGAUCUCUCCCACUGAUUUGGAUAAGUCCUGUUCAUUUGUUUAUACAAAAGGCUUUAAAGGCUUGACAGUAAACAAUGUCUGAUGACAGAUUUUUCAACACUGUACCUGUAGGAUGGCGAGGUUUGUUACAGUCAGCCAUGAAAUCCAAUAAUACUGUUUUAAACAGAAUGAAUGCAUGGUAUGAAGAUCAAUGGUCAUCAAAGUAUGGCGGAAUAUUGUUAUGGAAUGAUCUUAUACAGAGUUUGUUGGCAGAAGAACCCACCACUAAGGAAGGAGAUCUCAUUUUUGUCACAAGAUACAGCCAACUACCAGGAUUUCUACAACAAGGUUUGCUUGCAUUUUUGUUGCGUCACAGACAAUUCAUUCCAAAAUCCAGUCUGAAAUGUUUUCUGGAGGGAAUAGGGAAUUCUAUGCAAAUGGACUCCUGGGUUGAAAUACUGUACAGAAUGUUACACGCAUACCUGGCUUCUACAGAAGGACAAAAGAUGGGAUACUUGCAGUAUGAGUUUACACCUGGAAACCAAACCUAUGCUAGAUCUAUUUAUCAGCAGCUCCAGAAUUCUGAAAUCAAGACCUCUCCAUGGACAAUACCAGCUAGGGUCAAUAUUGGAUCAGAUAUGCAAGGCAGUGUUGAUACCUGUGAAAAACAAAAAGAGCAGGAUGACGACAUGGAAGGAGUUACCUCUCCUGACAAUGAAGGAAUGACCUCCCCUGAUUUAAUCAUGAUAGAGGAGGAACCACUACAUAAAUUACCAAGACUAGAAAUACAUCCUUUCACUCAAAUGGACCAUUCUCAGGUUACUUGCUUGAUGGAGGAAAACUCACAGAUAGAUAUUCAACCAGAAGAUUUGGAAAAGAUGAAAAUGUUGAAAGAUAAAUGGGAAAGUGGAGAGGAGACUGAGAUUCCAGAUGAGAUGGACAUAAUUUUGACCUCAAAUACAAGUGUGGUAGAAACGAUGUGCAAAGAUGUCUGCAUUGCUAGCAUAUCUGAGACUGCCAUGGCAACAGCUUGUAAACAGGUACAACAGAUGGAUAGCAUGAUUUCCCAUAGUAACUGUACAGUAAUGUUGUCAGCUUUAUUACUACAAAAGGUUAUAGAAAUGAACCAAAGUGCAUCAAGAAUAUUGACAGGAGUAGUUGCAAUGGUGGCAGAAUCAUUUUCUAAACCUCUUAUUGAAGGAGUCUUUGUUCCUGCUAUUGGAAACAGUCACUUUGGAACAUAUCAAGCUGACCUCAUAAUUAAAGUAUGUAAGGAAAUAUUUCAUAAUACAGACAAGUUAUAUUUUCUGGAGCAGAUGUUGAAAAAGUCUAUAGAUAUUACAGAUAAUCACAUUUCUGUUUUACAUGCUUUGUUUGAAGGCAAGAUAGACAUCAAUGAUAGCUUACUUUUGACAGUAUUGGAAUCUUUUAAAAUAUAUGGAUGUAAGCUUGAGAAAAAUUUAAAGUUUGGAAAAUUAAUCAUGGCAUUGGUCAACAAAUAUGGUGUACAGAUGGACAAAGACCAUAAAGAGAUUCUCACACAAAUGGUGAUGUCACAUAAGUCAUUUCUGAAGAAAACAAUACAAGCAGCCGUGACUAAAUUAAGAUGAUAUGGAAUAUGUUGAAUUUUACUGACUAUAAUAAUGUUAUCCAUGAACUCUCUUGACAAAAUACUAUCAUAGUAAUUUUGUUCGUAAAACAAACCAUUUUAAGAUUAUUAUUAUUAAUUGACAUUAGAGGUUCAAUAUAGAGAAAGGUUAAGGUUCUGGUUCUGGUUAAGGGAUCAGUCAUCUAAAUAGGGUAAAAAGUUAGAUCUUCCAUUUUUUUAGACGACAAUUUUCUUUCAAAGUUUGGGUUGAUGACAAUGCAUGUUCCUCUGAUGAAAGGACUUGAUUCACUAACUCAUAAUUUUUGCAUAUAAAUAUCUGGUAAAUUUUCAACUGCAAUAAAGUUAUUAAAAUGUUAAAAUGUCAAAUUGUUUCAGUUAAAAAGAUAAUUUGGCAAAAUUUAUGACAGUUUUUUGAAAAGGUAACAGUGGCUCCAACCCUUAUCCACAAAUAUUCUUGUUGAAAUAUUCUUUAAAUAUCAUAUUUUUGACUUGACAACCAAUAUUUCAAUGGGCGAGGGGUUGCACAACAUAUAAAAUCAAGCAAAAAGGUCGAAAAUGGUGACAAAUUUCUAGAAAAAUGGACUAAAAUGGCAACUAUUCCUAUUGUAGGCAAAUAUGUUUAUAAAUAUGAAGCAGAUAUACAAUUUUUCUUAUUAUACUUUAAAAAAUGAAUCAUUUAGCAAUAUGUACGCAUUAGAUUUUUCUCAAACAAUUUCAGUAGAAUUCAGCUGCAUUGAUAUGUUUCUGCCGACCUGGUAGCUCCACGUUUUGUGGAAGAGUUAUCAUAACAAAAUAGUUAUUUCUGUAACACAGGAUUUAUUUCUAGGUGUGUUUAUUUAUAAUUUUUUACUAUGGAGUAAGAUAAGAUAAUGAGUUAUUGCAUAUAAUUUAUUGUCAUGCAUAUUUGUCAGUGUAAUGAAGUUGUAUAUGAAAUCUCUUUUCCUGCAAAAAGUAAGUAAUUACAGGAAAUGGUUAGUGUUAACACCAUUUUUCUUUUCUAAUGUAAACAAAUUUGAAAUUGAACGGUCCCAGAGAAGAUUGUUUUAGUUCUCCUCACCUGCUUCUUUUCAUGUUUGGCUUUGUAAAUUUAGUAAGGAGUUAAAAUUUAGCUGUUUUAUCAUUUAUCUUCACAUCUUCCUGUGUUAUUCAUUUAAUAUUUCAAAUUUCCGAAUUUUGACAAUUUUUCAUAUUUCCGAAUAUGAAAUAGACUAUUUUCAUAUUUCCAAAUUUGGACUCCAAGAGUUUAUAAUUUUUUGACAGGUUGCCUUCUCUGUGGUAGGACAUCCUGGUACUCAGUCAAGUAAGAGCAGCGUAAAGAAGUAAAAUAAAGCUUUCAAUGGGUACAAUUUUGAGGGAAAAUUAAUUGAUAUAAGUUUUCUAUACAAAACAAAAUCAUCCGAAAACAGUAAACUUUCCCCAUAAAUUGCACCGAUUAUAUAUUUGAUUUUACUUCUUUUUGUUCUCUAACCAGACCAAGCACCAGGAUGUCCUACCACAAAGUAGGUAACCUGUCAAAAAAUUAUAUAAUCCAGAGUCAAAAGUAGGUAUUAUGAAAAUGGUCUAUUCUUUUACACAUUUAGCUUGAAGGUUAUUUGCUGUGAAAUAUUUUAGCUCCACUGUGACCAAAAUUUGGAAUUGUACUAUUGUUUUUUUUUUUUGUAUACAGUUGUUUGUCUUUUGGUCGUUUUUUCGUUUUUUGCUAUGGAGUUAUCAGUUUGUUAUCGACUUAUUAGUUUGAAUAAGCGAUUGUUAUCUGCAGCCUCUCUUUUCAGAGGGCUGAACGGCUGGUGUCUAAAUUUUCCGAAUCAGAGGAGUGAUUAAAAGUGUUGUCACAAUCGUUUAUUGGCUCAUUUUGUGCGAGACAAAGGUUAACAAAUGAGUCUGAAUUAUUAUUAUAUAUUUGGUGAUCUAAGUCAUCAAUUUAGCUAUCGUGACUAGCUUUUAUUCAGCCUUAUUCUGUUCUCAGUUCCAUAUGGCUGGCAUUGGGACUUGCGUUUCAGUUCACUUACGACCUUUUGACUCAUUGAUCAACAAAAUAAGUCAGUCAAAUCCUUACAGGAUUUUUGUCCUUAAUGUAAAGUUUUAACCCUUUCCACAAUUUUGUAUUUUGUUAAAACAGUAAUGAAUAAACAGAAAGUUUGUCCAGCAGGGCAAACUUGACUCUGUUUCCAUUUAAAACAAGUAAUCUUGUUGCAUCGUUUCAAUUUAAUGCUAAAAUGCCAGAUGAGCCCUUAAAGGACUAGUUCAGGUGAUGAUGUUCCUGUUACUGAAUCCUAUGACGUGUAAUGUGUUUUAAUGAAGCUCACUUUAAUGACUGAAGCUUGCAUUAACAUACAAUUUUUAAAAUAAAAGUAGCCUUUAGAGGGUUACAGACACUAUAAAAUUUUGACGUCUUUUAAUCAUAUCAAGUUGUCAUCAACGGCUUAUCUUUAAAUACUAGUAUAGCAUUUCUCGUAAAACAAAUAAUAGACCGCAUUUCUCAUCUAACUCCUCAUGUGGUAUGAUGGUAAUGUCGUAAAUAAAAAUUAAGACGUUGAAAAAGGAUAUGUUAAAACUAGGGGAAACUUCUUUCAUCUUUCAGCAGCAAGGCUACAGCUGUGAUAUACUGACUAAUUCAAAAUUAUUCUUUCUUCCUGUGAUCUGAAUACAAUGAUUUUCUACCCCAGAAAUAGAUUACCUUAGCUGUUUUUUGGCAAAACCUUUCACAUUUUUGGGUUCUCUAUGCUCUUCAAUUUUGCACACUAUUUGGCCUUUUUAUCUUAUUGACUCGAGCGUCACUGAUGAGUCUUUUGUAGACAUAACGCGCAUCUGGCAUACAUGAUUUUAAUUCUGGUAUCUAUGAUGAGUUUACUCUCACAGAUAGCUCAAUAUACAUGUAAAACUGGUUUCAAUCAGAUCAAAGUUUUCAAAGAUUUCCAUACUUCUACUAUAAAUUGCUCUGCCCAGCUGGUAUAAAAAUUGGUUGUUUGUUAAGUAGUAAAAUGCAAGAGAGUGAUCUUUCUUAAAAUUGCAAUUUUAAAUUUAUAAAAACAAUUACAAUACUGCAUGAUAAUAUUUCAUAUACUAUUAAUGCUUCAAUGAGUGUACAGUUCCUUAAGGUAGCACAAUACAAAAGAAACUAAAUUUUAUCAAAUUUUUAUUUUCAGCUGUAUUUGUUACUUCUUAAUAUUACAAAACCACAGAAGAAAAAUAAUUUUCCAUAUCUUGCACUGUUAACGAGUUUUGAUGCUAAUUAGUUUUAUAAACAAAUGCACGAGUCUGACUGAUACAAAUAAGAACAUGUGGGCAGUACUUUGUGGUUAAUCGAUAGAAUCAUUUGAUAGCUUUAUGACCACUGACCAGCUAUAAAAAUAACAGUCAUAGAAAAGAGGUUGAAUUAGGGGUUUAUAGAAAAAAAGAAGAUAAUGAAAUCCAAAUAAAAAUACUUUUUUAUAUUGGAGCUGCCAGGAGAAAAAAAAAUUGGAGCUAUAGAGGGAAUCAAAUAUAAAUGUACAGAUAUUAAACAAAUAUAAUUGUACAACAAUUAAUGUUGCUGAUGUUAAUGCUGAUGGUUAUAUCAGAUUUUCUUGAGGAGAAUGUGUAAAUAUGAAUUCUUUUUAAAAGAAAACACAAAUUAAAUAUUUUAUUUUCAAAAUACAAAAAUAAGAAGAUUCUUCUUUGUGUAAAACACCAUAAUUUCAUUGUAUAGACUUAUAAUUCUAGAAAUCCCCCAUAAUAAUUCUCUGGACUGACCAACUGAGGAUUUUAUGUUCACAUGCACAACUUACAUUUUGUGAAAAUGUUAAAAACAAAAUCUAUUGUUUCAUGUACUGAUUGAAUAAAAAAACCAUAUUGAAAAAAGCAAAUGCAAUGUGUAAUUAAACUUCUGAGACCAUUAAUGGUUGAUGUUUAUCCAAGUGGGCGGAGUUUGACCAUAUCAGAGGCAACUGACUUACAGAAAGGUCAAUAAUGAUAUAACUUCUCCCGCCAGAUCUGGUUUUUGGUGCAUGAGUGUGCAUUUUCUUUAUAUAUUUAGAAUUGAUGAAAUGGACUGCUUUCUUACUGGUCAAAACCUAAUUGAUUUAUGAUUAAGAGCCAAUCCUGAAGUGUCCCCAUGGUACAUGUGUGAAUGAUAUUGAAGUUAAUGAGGUUCAAAUAGGAAAAUCCUUAUUUAUUCAAUUGUGACACAUACAUUUUUUGAAAUGAAAAUGUAGUUUUAAAUGAAAUUAGCUCCUAGACGGGUGCCCCUAUAUACCUGAUUUUACCACAUGUUGUUACUUGACCAUUUAUCUUCAAAACUGUGUCUCAGAUUGCCAAAACCAUCAAUAGAACAAAUUUUAUACCCAAUUAAAUUGAGUGAUUCUUAUGAAAUAAGGUUGCAAACUUAAUUGAAGGGUUAUGAGAGAAUGAAAUACAAUAGGAAAAAUCUGGAACACGGUUUUGGAGGUCAAACUGUGUUGCACAAAAUCUAUCAAAAAUUUCGGAAGCUAUGAAUAAAAAAGAAGCUAAUUUCAUUGAAAUGUGGACAUCCGAAUCUAGCAACUAAAUACAUAAUAUUCAAUUAUAUAAUAAUCAUGUAAUAAUGAAAUUAUCAUCAAUUGACUGAUUAAUCUGUCUUCUUUCUUUUGGUUCCUCAUUUAUGAAUUUUAGAGCUGAAUGAAAGAAAAUACAACAGUUUAAAGUUGUCUGAUUGGGGGUGAAAAAAUCUUUGUAUUGUGCUACCUCAAUUCAACGUAAAUAACCUAUAGAAAGUUAUAAUGAAAUCAUUCCUAUGCAUGUAUAUGAUUUAUAAUUGUAACACUAGUUUAUUGGAAGUGUAUUUUUUCUGGUGACGACCAACAAUAAAGCUAUCUUCAAAACGAA